UUCGAUAAUACUAUUACUCGUUUUGAUUGCUUCAAUGUGAAGACUAAUUGAUCGCAGUUGGGUUUUCUUCGGGAAUUUCGGUGAGACCAUUUAGCUCAGAGUCGGUAUGGGUUUGACAGACACGAGUUUUGAGCUACUUUUGACCCUGUGGCGAGUAGUGGUCUUCGGUGUCGCAUGGCCUUUCCGGUCGUCUGAGUUUGGCGUACAGUACCGUGCUGUCCCAUGUUGCUGCAGCAUCCCGAUCAAAGCACAGUAGCUGCUCUAACAACACCGAGCAGGCGCGGCACUAUGGCGUCCAGGAUAAUGAAAUCCCCUACUUUGGGGGAUAUCGACAUCGAACGCAGAGAAACGUGGUCCGGAAAAGUUGACUUCCUACUAUCCGUCAUCGGCUUUGCGGUUGACCUCGCCAACGUCUGGAGGUUUCCCUACUUAUGCUACAAGAAUGGUGGUGGGGCAUUUUUAGUUCCAUACUGCAUCAUGCUUGUGGUUGGAGGCAUCCCUCUAUUCUACAUGGAACUCGCUUUGGGACAGUUCAAUCGCAAAGGAGCGAUUACUUGUUGGGGCCGCUUAGUACCACUUCUUAAAGGAAUCGGUUACGCGGUUGCCUUAAUAGCGUUUUACGUUGACUUUUAUUAUAAUGUGAUAAUCGCAUGGGCGCUUCGUUACUUCUUUGCAUCGUUUGCUGCCAUGUUGCCUUGGACAACCUGUGACAAUCCGUGGAAUACACCGAGAUGUCGCAGACUCGACAUGAACGCUUCGUAUGUUGGAGAUUAUGCGAUGACGGAUAACGAAUUCACUAGCAACGACUCGCGCGGUGCUUUCGAGGGAGUCCCAAAUACAACACUGAUAAAUCACUACAGUAAUGAUACCCGAUACACCAGUGCCGCACAAGAAUAUUUCAAUCGGGCGAUCUUGGAACUUCAUGAAAGCAGCGGUCUACAUGAUCUUGGAGCUGUCAAAUGGGAUAUAGCCUUAUGCCUGUUGGUGGUGUACAUCAUCUGUUACUUCUCUUUGUGGAAAGGAAUUUCCACUUCAGGAAAAGUGGUGUGGUUUACCGCCCUUUUUCCGUACGCUGUCCUACUAAUACUGCUGGUGAGGGGAAUUACUCUACCUGGAAGUAUAGAAGGAAUAAAAUACUAUUUGAGUCCCAACUUCUCAGCAAUCACAAAAGCUGAAGUCUGGGUGGACGCAGCGACGCAAGUAUUCUUCUCACUUGGUCCAGGCUUUGGAGUCUUGCUGGCGUACGCUAGUUACAACAAAUACCACAACAACGUUUAUAAGGACGCUUUGCUGACGAGUGUCAUUAACAGCGUGACAUCCUUCGUCGCUGGAUUCGUAAUAUUUUCAGUGCUUGGCUAUAUGGCCCAUGCCAGUGGAAGAUCUAUCCAGGAUGUUGCAACGGAAGGUCCGGGUCUAGUUUUCAUAGUAUACCCAGCAGCCAUUGCUACAAUGCCAGGAUCGAUCUUCUGGGCUCUGAUAUUCUUCAUGAUGCUACUGACCCUGGGCUUGGAUAGUUCUUUUGGAGGUUCCGAGGCAAUAAUAACAGCUCUAAGUGACGAAUUCCCGCUAAUCGGGAACCAUAGAGAGAUAUUCGUUGCCUGUUUAUUCAGCCUCUACUUUCUUGUUGGUUUAGCCUCUUGCUCUCAGGGUGGUUUUUAUUUUUUUCACCUGCUUGAUCGGUAUGCAGCAGGCUACUCCAUGCUGAUUGCUGUCCUAGCAGAAACCAUAGCCGUCAGCUGGAUUUACGGAACGGAUCGAUUCUGUGCUGAUAUUAAAGAUAUGAUUGGGUUUGCACCAGGAAUUUACUGGCGCGUCUGCUGGAAGUUCAUUGCACCAAUUUUUCUUAUGUUCAUUAUCGUCUAUGGACUGAUGGGUUACGAACCCUUAACCUACGAGGACUACGUUUAUCCACUAUGGGCGAACGUAUUGGGAUGGUUAAUCGCCUGCUCGUCGAUAGCCAUGAUCCCUGCAGUUGGUGUUUACAAGCUUCUCACUACUCCAGGAACUUUUCUCCAGAGAAUGAAGAUACUUACAACGCCAUGGAGAGAUACGCAGCGGAAACAGAUGACAACGGCUACAACCAAUGGAUCUGUCCGACGAAGUUCUAGCGGUCAUUUAUCCCAAGCAGAGCUGCCCAAUGUAACGUGCAAUCCCAAUAGUCAACCAGAUGUAACAAAAGCGCAGACCGAAGUCAUAAUUCCGUCCUCCGAAUCCUCCAAAGGGGAUCCACCACCACAACCUGUAUAGGACGAAAGCAUUGUCGUUUUCACCGGCUCUAAGUUUAAGGUGUAUCUUUGUUAAGGUUUACAUACAGUCCGAUCAUGACCGAGAUAUA